AUGGCUUGGUCUAUGCCUACGGGUCAAUGGAAUUCCGGCAUUUCCAUGACGCCAGAUAUGAAUAUGGCUAAUAUGGGAUCAUACACACCAGAACAGUGGGCGUUAAUGCAACAACAGAACUGGCAGCAAUGGGCACAAUGGCAACAACAGUAUGCUCAAUGGCAAAGCCAGUAUGGUGACAAGUAUACUCAGCAUAUGCAAGCUCUUCAUGCCAUGAGCGGGGUACCACCUCCAGCUCCUAAUGCGGUGCCACCCCCAGCGCCACCUCCUCCGGAAAAGCCUCCUCCGCCCCCUCAUGAAAACAACCAACCUCUGUAUGGAAAUACACCAUCGCAAACACAGUCUGUGUCACACACGUCCCAUCUACAAUACUCUAAAGUUGGUUAUAACGAGGUUCCUAAAACAGGUAACAAUUUUAAUCAAACUUCCACAACAGAUUCCAUGUCCGAUUUACCGACCCCUCAGGUCGUUAACACGGACGCGCUCGUGAAGCUAGCCGAGGAGGAGCGUUUAUUUGAUAUACAAUUCCAAAAAUGGGAAGAGGAAAUUAAAAAAUGGAAAAAUGAGAAUGUUAACCAUCCCGAUAAAAGGGCUUAUAUGGAGUAUGAGCAAAAGUUUGCCAGCUGUCGUGCACAGUUGCUGGAGCGGCGUCAACAGAUGAAGCUCAAAAGAGAUCGUCUAAUGGGUGUCAAAGCUACACAAACAGCAAACACCACAAUGAACAGCGCAGGUAAUAUAUCAACAAGUAUUCCUCCACCUACACAAAAUAUUAACAAAACCAACUAUAAUACAAAUGUGCAAAACUCUCAAACAAAAAAUAAUGCUACCCAGAAUUACAUAAACCAAAAUCAAUCUCAGUAUGAGUCAAUUGGCCAUUUAAACCAGACAAGUUACAAUAGGAGUAAUAAAAAUUCUGUGGAACAUCAAGACAGGUAUGAAUAUUAUGGGGAUAUGAGCAAUGAUUACACAACUUCAAGUGACACUUCUAAUUUCUUACCUACAAACGAUGCUUUUAAUGGCAUACCAGGCUUAGACUUGGUACCAGAUGGUGAUAAAUCUGUACAAAAACAAUUAGAUGUAAUUGAUAUAACAGAAGAAAGAAAAAUUCAACAACCGCAACAAAAUAUUCAAGCACCUGACUAUUCGAAAAUAUCUAAAGGCAUUAAUAACAUUCUUGGGGAUGAAAAAAUUAUGAACAUACUCUCUAUGAUGAGCAGUCAGAAUACUAGGAAUGAAAGUAAAGUAGGUUCAGUGGGUUCUCAACGACAAGACCUGAAUAAUCAGCCUGGAAACAUGCAAUAUAGUGGAAAUAACAGUAGCUACCAUGGAAAUAAUUACAAUAAUAUGCAAUCUCGAAACAUGCCUUACCAACAAUCAAAUGAGAAUUAUACUAAUCAAGCUUCAAGUUCUAGUUAUACCGAUCCUGAUUACCAGAGGUAUGGAUGUUCUAAUGAACAAAAUGAAAACAUAAGAAGUAAUGAUAUGGAUAAAAAUUUUGAAUACAAUAGACUUGGGAAUCAAAAUAUACCACAAAAUAGGUCUAAUAUGCCAAGACCUAUGCCAAAUUUCCAUCCAAAGCAAAGUGAUUAUCCACAAGGAGAUUACAUGAGGAGGAUGGAUUCAGAUAUAAAACCGAUUCAGCCAUUAAAACCUAAAUGGGUGGAUGAACCUUUGUUCACACCCUCAAUUAUAGUUGAAUAUGAACACAAACCAUUAAGAUUGAAAGCUCGGGAUUUCAUUGAACCUGUACACAUGUUUGAAUACAAUCACCAAUCUAAGGAUGGGGAAAGUUCCAAUAAGAAGAACUUCGAUAAAGAACUAGAUGAUUUAUUUUCAAGGAAAAGAAGAGCCGAUGAUGAUUGGAGUAGUACAGAUAAAUUUUAUUCCAGAGAUUACGAUCGGAGAGGUUUAAAGGAUGAUGCGAGAGAUAGAAAUCGAACUCGAGACGAUCGUGACAUGUAUGAUAGAAGAAUAGAUGACAGAAGACGUGAUGACCGUGAUAGAUUUAGAAGAGAAGAAUAUGAUAGGAGAGAUAGAGUGGAACAGGAACGAUCUAGAGAUAUGGGAAGGGGGCGAGAUGAGAGAGACAGAGAUAGAGAUAUGGGUCGAGAGAGGGAGUCGGGGAGAGAUAGAGAUUACAUGAGGGAUAGAGAUAGAGAUAUAAGAGGUAGAAGUAAAGAAUAUAGAAAAGAUGACAGAGAUAGUAGAAAUCGUAGCCGAAGUCGUGAUAAAGAAAAUCGUAAGAGAGGACAUAGUAGAGAAACGGAAUCUAUUGAUAAUUAUGGUUUGAAGAAGAAUAGGGAUGUAAAAAAUGAGACAGUUCCACCAAAUAAGCCUAAACAUGUGGUUAUGAUAGAUGACCUUCUAGAGCUACCAGGACGCACUAUGAGACCUGAGAAAAUGGUUAUAAUACUGAGAGGUCCACCGGGAAGUGGUAAAUCUUAUUUAGCUAAAUUGAUAAGAGAUAAAGAAGCCGAGCAUGGGGGUACUGCAAGAAUAAUGUCCAUUGACGAUUACUUCAUGCAAGAAGGGGAAAUCGAGGAAAAAGAUCCCAAUACGGGAAAAAUUGUGAAGAAACCGUCACUAAAAUACGAAUACGACGAGAGCUCUGAAGAAUCAUAUUUGUCUUCGUUAAAACGUGCUUUCAAAAGAAGUAUAACGGAUGGUUACUUCACAUUCUUAAUAUACGACGCCGUGAACGAUCAAUUGAAGUCCUAUGCUGAUAUUUGGAAUUUUUCAAGGCAGAAUAGCUUCCAGGUAUACAUAUGCACAAUGGAAAUGGAUCCGCAAGCAUGUUUCAAGAGGAACAUACACAAUAGAUCGUUGGAAGACAUUGAAAAUAUAGUUUCUAGAUUUUUCCCAACCCCAGCACAUCACAUACAGUUGGAUCCGACGACUUUACUUCAGAGUGCGUCCAUUCGGGAAGUACAAAUGGAGGACGCUGAUGACGUCACUAUGGAGGAAGUGGAAAACCCUGAGGUCGAUAAUAGUUUUACGUCGAAAUGGGAAAAAAUGGAAGACGCCGCCCAACUAGCUCGUCUCGACGGUACUAGCCGGCCGCUGCGUUCGUCCCAGCUAUCCAUGGAAGACUACUUACAGCUAGACGACUGGAAACCGAAUACAGCUAAACCUGGAAAGAAAACUGUACGUUGGGCCGAUAUCGAAGAGAGGAGACAGCAAGAGAAAAUGCGAGCCAUCGGUUUUGUUGUAGGUCAGACUGAUUGGAAUAGAAUGACCGACCCCACUAUGGGGUCUAGUGCGCUCACGCAAACUAAAUAUAUCGAGCGAGUGAGGCGCCAUUGA